AUGGAGGAGAGAAAAGAAAGCCGUCGAUGCACUGAUUGGCUGGUGGCUCCACCAAGUGGCAGCGUGGCUCCCUUUCUUUCUAUCUCUCUCUCUCUCUCUCUCUCUCUCUAUCUCUCUAUCUCUCUCUCUCUAUCUCUCUCUCUCUUCUCUCUUUCUUUCACUCUUUCUCACUUUCUUUCUCUAGCUUUUUUUCGUUUCACUUUUCAUCUAUCAUUGAUAAGAAUUUUCGUCCAGCUGAUCCACCAUUUCUUUUUGGUCUUCUGUCUUCCAACACUUCUCUCCCUUUGUUUCUUCCUUACAUAUUUGCCUCUCAUCCUUGCUCUCCGCUUUGCUUCUCUCUCUCUCUCUCUCUUUCUCUCUCUCUCUUCCAAACUCUUCUUUUGUCCUUGCUCUCUUUUAUGGUUCUUUCUUCAACAGACUCUUUGCCCGUCCUUACUUUCCCUUUCGGUUCUUUUCAAGAUGCUAUUCUUUACUCAUAAUUUGCUACUUUCAUACAUACUCUCCUCUCAUCCUUACUCUCCCUUUUGUAAUGAUGAUUUUUUUUUUCUUAUUUCUUACAAAUCUCUUUGCGACUAUUUUUAUUUUAUUUUUAUUUUUAUUUCGCAGCUGUUUCGAGACACGCUGGCUCCAGUGAUUUGCUCUCUAUUUUCGUUUUCGCUUCUUACGCAAUACGAUUCUUUCUUUCUUUCUUUCUUUCUUUCUUUCUUUCUUUCUUUCUUUCUUGGCUGCUGGCAGUAA